AUGGUGCUUGAGUUGUCAUUGGCAGAUAAGGAUGCUGUUUGGAGUCUUUGGAAGGCCCCCAUAGGUGAAUCAGAGUGGAGGCAUCUAGGAUUUCGGACCAAGGCCCUGCCAUCUUCUGCAGGGACCAUCAAGCUUCAGAUAUUUAUGCAACAAAGCUUCCAUCCAGUUCCAGGUGAAGACACCACCUCUGGCCACCAAGAAGUUACCCUGCUCCCACUAGAUAAAGCAGGGCCAGCUUCCAUAGCAGCUGUAGCUGCUUCGUUCAGCAUCCGUCUUAGCACCGCCAGGUGCCUGCGGCCCGGGCCAAGCCAUCGCCUACAGUUCGGUGAGUGUUUCCCUGCCAAAAAGCUAAUGAUGGAAGGGCUCGGAGAACACAGCACAGCCGGUGAAAUGGGCCCAUUACUCGGAGCUGUAGCAGCCACAGCCUCUCCGCAUUCUUUGAUGGAGUACUCCUCAGACGCAGAUUUUAUUGAGAGCCUGCCUCUGGUGUUUAAGUACCGAGUGUACACUCUCAAAAAGCUUCAGGCCAAAUGUGCCGUGCUAGAGGCCAAGUACCUGAGGGAAUUUCAUUCCAUCGAGAGGACUAUGAGUAUAAUGAGGUGGCCGGUGAUUCUAAUGCUCAGAUGUAUGGUGCAGAGGAGAAUCCGGAGUAUGAGGACUUGGUGGAUGAUUGUGAGGAGGAUUUCGAGGAUGUCGGGUAGGUGUUUGGGGAGUAUGAAGGAAUCGAGGGACAUAAUGUGGACGGAGAAAAAGAGAAUCCUAAAGGGAUCCCCUAUUUCUGGCUCACGGCUUUAUAGAAUGCCCAGGAUGUCGCCCGGCUGAUUAAGA